AUGCCGAAAUAUUAUAGGUUUAGAGCGACGACGCCCACUCGGAAACCGAAACGAAGCAAAGAAAAGGAGAAGGAGAGAGAAUUAGAGAAAGCCAAGUUCGAUAUAGAGAGGAGUUGGCUGGACUUGACACUCGCCUGCACACCAGCGCCAUCGUGGUACUUACGACGCACUUCUUGGCGAGAAAGUCCACCUCUUAUGGGGCUCCCGAGACAGCUUGCCGCCGGCCUUCGAGCAUCCCUCCAAUUAAGCAACCGACCAAUUUUUGUAUUUAAAAUUCCAGCGAUUCACUCGCAAGACGUCAUGAGACCAUUUUGA